CCGGAGAGAAAAGCAGCCCCAUCCAUCCCAUCUCCCCCUUCCUCACCAAUUCACAGGAGAGGCAAUCGGGAAUUAACAGCCAAAAUGGCCACCACACAAACCAGCAGCUUGGUAUCCAAGCUCCCCAUCCGCCUCCGCAACUUCUUCGCGCGCUAUCCUCCGCAAAUCUAUUCCGCAGCCGUAGCACCACGCCCCGAAGCCCCCGAAACUGGUGCCCCCGUCAAUGUCAACGUCGAGGAUCUUCCCUCUCCUUACACGCCCAACCGUGAUGCCAAGGGCUUCAAGCGUCCCGAUCCUAAGGCAUUCUCUCCCUCCAAGGCUAUCCUGCACUCCGACUCCAAGCACCCCAACCCGUUCCUGCCGCGCAAGAACUUCCGCACCGGCAAGUGGUUUGGACCCCGGAUUGGACUGCGUCGACAGGCGGAGCUGGUGAAAUUGGCGAUCAAGUACAACGUUGAGGCCUUGUUGCCGCCUGGCCGCAAGUCGACGGAGUUCAAGGAGACGAGACGUGCGGAGCGUGGUUUGGCUAUCAAGGGUACUGGUAUUGGACAGAAGGUCAAGGGUCACAAGUGGGAGAGGACGAUGGAGGCUCGUCUGGAGGACAGACGCAAGGCUAUGAUGGAGAUGCCGGAGAUGAUCCGUUUGUGGAAGCAGAGAGGUCACGGUCGUGGCUGGAAGUCGUGGCCCAAGCGGUAAAUGCCUACGCUUCUGGUGUAUUAUCUUCUGUUUUUCGCCUCGGGUGGAAUGGAUCCGAGGCUUGCAUAAUGUCGCAUCUGUCCUAUUUUAUACAUCUCGCCGAGCCGGAACCAUCUAUUCGUCUAUCCAGCUCGGGGAGAGUUUCGAUUGAAUCAUUGUUGACGGGGUUCGGCACGGGAGUUUGUCCUCUUAUGUAUUUAUUGUACAAAUAGCUUGUUUCUCAAAAUCAUGCACAUUGAAUGUCUGCGUGAAUGGAAAUGGUAUCAAUAGAAUGUUGAAUGC